ACGCGCACGUCGGGUCCUCCGUGGGGUACCAGGGGGCGGAGCCAGCGAGCUGCUGCAGCUGUCCAUGGUCGCAUAGUGAGAGCCAGAGAGGGUCCGGGUACGUGCGAGAUGCGGUCAUAGUCACGCUGCACCGCCUCACAUCAGAACCCGUCCGGAUCGGAAUUCCUAUUGAGCAACAUAGCCGACUGAAAGCCUGUGAGGCAUCAUGGCUGAGCAGCAGAGGCAGCGCUCUCUGUCCACCGCCGGGGAGUCUCUCUACCACGUCCUGGGGGUCGACAAGGUGGCCACAUCGGACGACAUCAAGAGGUCCUACAGGAAACUGGCGCUAAAGUUCCACCCUGACAAGAACCCAGACAAUCCGGAGGCAGUGGAAAAAUUCAAAGAGAUAAACAACGCCCAUGCCAUCCUGAAUGACCCCACGAAGCGUAACAUUUACGAUAAAUACGGCUCUCUGGGACUGUAUGUGGCUGAGCAGUUUGGGGAGGAGAAUGUUAACACUUACUUUGUCCUUUCAAGCUGGUGGGCAAAGGCUCUGUUUGUAUUCUGUGGCCUGGCCACUGGAUGCUACUUCUGCUGCUGCCUGUGCUGCUGCUGUAACUGCUGCUGUGGACGAUGUAAACCUCGGCCUCGGGAGGGCCAGGAGCAGGACUUCUACGUGUCCCCCGAGGACCUGGAGGCUCAGCUGCAGUCUGAUGAGAGAGAGGCUGCUGGGGAGCCCAUAGUGCUGCAGCCGUCGGCAACAGAGACGACUCAGCUAACGUCAGAUGGGCAGUACUCCUACCACACCGACACCGGCUUCAACUAACCCCUCCGCUCCCGUCAGUCCCAGAACGGAAUCCUGCCUGCUUCCCUGCUCCACCUCCGUGAGAUGAAAGAAAAAGGCAAACCCAUCCUUCCACGUCAGAAGAGCCAUGCAGAGGAGAGUGGACUUGUCAGCAUGGCCUUUCAAAUGAACUAAUGAAGUCACAUCCACUCCCCUCCUUCCCUCAUCAUGCUUUCCCUACGUGCAAGAAGGAAAGAGAAACAACCAAACUGUUUCCCUUUGGGUUCUUCUUCUGCACUUUAACCACACAGGUCCCCGUUCCCUCCGUUUCCCAUCGUUUGCAUCAUGGUGUAGCAUGCACUGUGUCGAAAACAUUGUCCCUACAGUUUCUUUAUGCCUUGGCAAUAGUUUUACUUAUUAGCAAGACUCAUAACAUAUGUGCAGUGAUGUUAAAAUGAGCACAGCUCACCAGGAGGAGGAGAAGGAGGUAAAGUUUACGAGAUAUUUUCUGCUGAAGGAGCGGAGAGCCGCGGCUCAUCAGGGAUGGUUGGAAGCAUGCAUGAAGGUUCAGGCAGUCAGUGCCGUCAUUAAAUGUUAGAGGACUGGUUUGUCCCCACAUUUGCACUUUUCACUUCUAAUUUGAGAUCGAUUUUGUUUUCGACACUAAAAGAGCUCUGACAUCGUUUUCUGUUUGUCUCUUCUGUGUUCCUUCCUGAGUGGUUUUGAUCCAAGUCGUUAAGGCGCCCAGCUUUAUUCAUGGACAGACGUUCAUAAAUACCAGCCAGGGGUUAAUUUAGCUUCAUAUCCUUUUACAUGCAACGGGGAAAGGUUUGCUUUCUGCGCCUCACCAUAGCAGGUAUUGUGAUUAUUUGGAAGCAAACUCCUGUAAUGCAUUUGGUCCAUGUUACAUUUUAAAGCUCAUAUUUUCAUAUCAGCAGCUUAACACUGACAUGAACUCUGGAUGCAACAAUUAGAAGGAACCUCACACAAAACAACUUUUUCUUCAAGGAGCUCAAGUUUCUUUAGUUUCACUUCAUCCAAGCUGGUUUUAUUUUUAUUGCAUAAAGCCAAGGAGCUUAACAAAGUUAAGCUGUGCAUAAUUCAAGCUGAUUUUAUUUUAUUUUUUACUUUUUUGUGCAAUCAGCUCAGCUUUGCCAAGUUUCAUCUCAUUCAAACUGAUUUUAUUUUAUUUUAUUGCAUAAAGCCAAGGAGCUUAACUUUGUUAAACUGAACAUAAUUCAAGAUAAUUUUAUUUUAUUUCUAUUUUUGCUCUAUUAAGCACAGUAUGCUUAUUAAAAAUUAAUCCCGUCCAGUAGUUUUUAUUUUAUUUUAUUUUAUUUUAUUUGAGUAUUUUUGUGCAAUGCUCAUUUUGUCAAGCUUCAUCUCAUCCAAACUAUUUUUAUAUUUUUACUUUAUUUUAUGCUAUAGUAUAAAUAUAAGUGUGGCUAUGUAAAGCUUCAUCUCAUUAAAACAGUUAUUUUAUUUUAGCUUAUUUUAUUUUAUUGUUAUUAUUCAACAAUAUCUCAGUUUUGUCACUCUUGAUCUCAUUCAAGCUAUUUUUAAUUUAUUUUAUUUAAAAUAAAAUAUUUAAAAUAAAUAAAUAAAAAUAUUGUUUUAUUUUAAAUCACUUUAAAAUUAUUUUUAUUUUAUUCUGAAUAAAAUAAUUUAUUAUAUUUAAUUUAAAAUAAAUAUUUGAAAAUAAUUUUAAAGCAUUUUUUUAAAUGUUGCAUUGAAAUAAUCCAAUAUUAAUCUGUUGUGUUAUUUUAAUGCAGAAAUAAUAUUUGAUGGCAUUAAAAUAUUUUUGUUUUAAUGCCAUAAAAUAUCUUCAUUCUACUGCAUUAAGUUGCACCUCAUCCUGGUUAAUUUAGUUUUAAUUUUAUUGUGCUGAUUUAAUCCAAGCAGCUCCAGUUUAUCCAGCUGCACUGGUUGAUGGCAUCACAUGAUUUUCCUUUUUCUCUUUGCACCAAACAUUUCCCUCUCUUCCUGGGUGACAUUGAGUUUAAAUCUGAUCAGCCUGAUAUUCUGUCCGAUGCUGUGAUCGUUCUUCAUUGUUGACUUUCUGAAUCUGUGAAAUGCAUCUCUGAGAAAAAAACAAAACAAACGUUUUUCUCGUCCUGCAUAUUUCACCACAUAUUAAUCUUUGCUACUUUUGCAGCUUCCUGACUACAACUGAUGUGUUUAAAUGGUUUACAAUUGGUGAGCCCCCGUAGCCCACCCCUCUGCUAUUAAUGGUAUGGAUGUUGACCUCUGUGGCCCUCGUAUGAUGUUUCCUGUAACCCCUCGAUGCAACAUAGAUGUUCCUGUUAUGGCUUUUUCAUUGAGAUACUGAAAAACGCUACUGUAAAUGUUUUCAGCUGAAUACACUGUGUGUCGAAAAAAACUAUAAUGGAUCAGGAAAUGACUCCAAAAAAAAGUAUAUAGUGUAACUAUAGUGAAAUGGUUAUAUGAUGCAUUUUUGAAUUUUUUUAUUUAUUUCAUAUUCUGUUAUGUUUUAAAGGAGGACUCCCAGUCAUUUUAAAUGGUAUGGUGUUGUAAUGUAACCAUUAAACCCAGUAAGGGAUGGUUUAAUGGUUGGCGCUGCCUGUACAUACACUCAGCCCAUAUAAAGUAUAAACAUUUAUGUUGUAGCAUGGUAACUGUGUGUCUGGAAGAAAACAAGAGGAUCAUUGAUCUGAUUUGCUGUUGUUGAAUAAAUGUUCCUCAACAUUUUGA